AUGGCGAAGGCGAUUUGUUUCUUCGAGCUCAACACCGGGGCCAAAAUCCCUUCCGUCGGGUUGGGAACUUGGCAGUCCGAUCCUGGCGUCGUCGCCGACGCCGUCAUCACUGCCGUCAAGGUUGGAUACAGGCAUGUUGAUUGUGCUCAAAUUUAUAACAAUGAGAAGGAGGUUGGUACUGCUCUCCAGAAAUUAUUCAGCGAGGGUGUGGUGAAGCGCGAGGAUUUGUGGAUCACUUCCAAGCUAUGGUGUAAUGAUCACGCGCCAGAAGAUGUUCCCAAGGCAAUAGACAGAACCUUGGAGAACUUGCAGCUCGAGUAUCUGGAUCUUUACCUGAUCCACUGGCCCGUGAGCAUGAAGAAGGGCUCGGUUGGCUUCAAGCCUGAAAACCUUACCCAGCCGGACAUACCCAGUACAUGGAAAGCGAUGGAGGCACUAUACCGUUCUGGCAAGGCUCGUGCCAUUGGAGUGAGCAACUUCUCCUCAAAGAAGCUCGGCGAUUUGCUGGAAAUCGUGGAAGUUCCUCCUGCUGUCAACCAAGUGGAAUGCCACCCUUAUUGGCAGCAAGGGAAGCUGCGCGAGUUUUGCAAAUGCAAGGGCAUACAUUUAUCAGGUUAUUCGCCCUUGGGUUCCCCAGGCAAAGAUUCUAUCAAGACCAAUAUCCUUAAGAAUCCAGCGGUCACUACCACAGCAGAGAAACUGGGCAAGACUCCGGCUCAGGUGGCGCUCCGUUGGGGACUCCAAACGGGCCACAGCGUGCUUCCCAAGAGCACGAACGAAGGGCGAAUCAAGGCAAACUUCGACGUCUUUGACUGGUCCAUACCCGAUGACUUGUUCUGCAAGUUUUCCGAAAUAUCUCAGGAGAAACUAAUCAAGGGCACCGGCUUUGUGCAUGAGACUCUGGGUGCGUACAAGACAGUCGAAGAACUUUGGGACGGCGAGGUUUAAAUAGGACUCGAGCAACCAUCUGAAGCAUGAGAGCUGCGGUUUUCCUCGACCAGCUUAGCUUCUAUUUACUUUCGCAUUAGCUGCGUAUGCC